UUGAUUCCUCUGUUUUCCUUUCUUUUUCUCUGUUUCUCUCCAAAUCUUUCCAGCGAGAAAUUCAGUCUCUCACUUUCCCUACUCUUUCCCUUUCGCAUGUCGGUUUCCUUCUUCGGUUAACCCCCAAAACUUUCAUUUCAUUUCUUCUUCAUUACUUUGAUCUCUUCUCUUCUGAGUCCCUUGGUAUUUCUUUCUACUGCUUUAUUUUUGUUUUGUUUUGCAUCAUUUUCCAUCUGGGUUUGCAUAUUUUGAUCUUAUAAGAUCUGUUUCUUUAUCCAAACUAGCUUUAUUUUCACCUCCCAUUUAAACUUUCUGUGUUUAAGAACUUGGGUUGGUCUCAGAUCUUCAAAAUAUCAAGUAAAAAUGCUGGAUCCAACUGAUAAACAGGGAUCAGAUUCUGAAGAUCAAAACAAGAAAUUCCCAGAAAGGGUUUCACCAAAAGAAGCCCAAAAUCAAAGCUUAAGCAAUGAAACAAAGAAAACUUGUGUUGAUUGCGGUACCUCUAAAACCCCUCUUUGGAGAGGUGGCCCAGCUGGCCCCAAGUCUCUCUGUAAUGCAUGUGGGAUUAGAAGCAGGAAAAAGAGAAGGGCAAUUUUAGGAUUAAACAUAGGAGAAGACAAAAAAUCAAAGAGAGGAAAUAGCAAUGGUAACAGCAACAGUUGUUCAAGUAACACUAAAAAUUUAGGAGAUAACCAUAACUUGAAGCAGAGAUUAUUGUCUUUAGGAAGAGAGGUUUUGAUGCAAAGAUCAACGGUUGAGAAGCAAAGAAGAAAGUUAGGAGAAGAAGAACAAGCUGCUGUUCUUUUAAUGGCUCUUUCUUAUGGUUCUGUUUAUGCUUAGUUUAUUUUUU